GCCGGACAGCAUGCGGACCCUCGCCCUCUGGUCCUUUUUGGUCCUGCAGAGGAUCUCCGGAGCCCAAGAUGACGUCCCGCCAUAUUUCAAGACGGAGCCAGUCCGGACCCAGGUCCACCUCGAGGGGAAUCGCUUGGUGUUGACAUGCAUGGCCGAAGGCAGCUGGCCCCUGGAAUUCAAGUGGCUCCACAACAGCCAGGAGCUGACCAAAUUCUCCCUGGAAUACAGGUACAUGAUCACUUCCCUGGACCGCACCCACGCCGGCUUCUACCGCUGCAUCGUACGGAACCGGAUGGGGACCCUACUGCAACGUCAGACUGAGGUCCAGGUGGCCUACAUGGGCAGCUUUGAGGACAGCGAGAAGCAUCAGAGCGUGUCUCACGGAGAAGCCGCCGUGAUCCGCGCCCCCCGCAUCGCCAGUUUCCCCCGCCCGCAGGUCACCUGGUUCCGUGAUGGUCGCAAGAUUCCACCCAGCAGCCGCAUCGCCAUUACGCUGGAGAACACCCUCGUCAUUCUCUCGUCAGUGGCCCCGGACACGGGCCGCUACUACGUGCAGGCCGUUAAUGACAAGAACGGGGAUAACAAGACGAGCCAGCCCAUCACUCUCACCGUGGAAAAUGUCGGAGGCCCGGCUGACCCCAUCGCCCCCACCAUUGUCAUCCCACCCAAGAACACCAGCGUCGUGUCCGGAACCUCGGAGGUGACCAUGGAGUGUGUGGCCAACGCCAGGCCUCUGAUUAAGCUGCACAUCAUCUGGAAGAAGAACGGGGUGCCGCUCCUCGGGGGGCUGAGCGACCACAACCGGCGCCUCACCAUUCCACAUCCCACCGGGAGCGACGCCGGCUACUACGAGUGCGAAGCCGUCCUGCGCAGCAGCAGUGCCCCCUCCGCCACCCGGGGGGCCGUGCUGUCCGUGCUGGAGCCACCCCAGUUUAUCAAGGAGCCAGAGAGACACAUCACAGCAGAGAUGGAGAAGGUAUUGGACAUCCCUUGCCAAGCCAAAGGCCUCCCGCCGCCCGUCAUGGCCUGGUACAAGGACGCGGCCCUCAUCGAGGUGGAGAAGCUGCCCCGUUUCCGCCUACGCGGGGACGGGAGCCUGCAAAUCAGCGGCCUGGUACCGGAUGACACCGGGAUGUUUCAGUGCUUCGCCCGCAAUGCCGCCGGAGAGGUGCAGACAUCCACCUACCUCGCCGUCACCAGCAUCGCCCCCAACAUCACCAGGGGCCCCUCAGACAGCACUGUCAUCGACGGCAUGACCGUUGUGCUGACCUGCGAGACCUCGGGGGCCCCCCGCCCCGCCAUCACCUGGCAAAAAGGUGAACGGAUCCUGGCCAGUGGCUCCAUCCAGCUGCCUCGGUUUACCCUGCUGGAGUCAGGCAGCUUGCUCAUCAGCCCCAGCCGCAUCUCGGACGCCGGCAACUAUGUCUGCGUGGCGACCAACUCAAGGGGGGUGGACGAAGCGUCUGCGGAUCUGAUUGUGUGGGCCCGAACGCGGAUCACCACCGGACCCCAGGACCAGAGUGUCAUCAAAGGCACCAAAGCCUCCAUGACCUGCGGUGUCACCCAUGACCCCAGUGUGACUGUCAGGCACAUCUGGGAGAAGGACGGCGUGUUACUGAGCCUCGACGGUGCCCCCCGCCUGCGGCUGGGCCAGGACGGAUCCCUGCACAUCUCCCAGACCUGGUCGGGAGACAUUGGCACCUACACCUGCCGGGUGCUGUCCGUGGGAGGGAACGACUCGCGCAGUGCCCACCUCCGCGUCCGGCAACUGCCCCAUGCUCCUGAGCACCCCAUGGCUACCCUGAGCACCACAGAGCGACGCGCCAUCAACCUGACCUGGCCCAAGCCCUUUGAUGGCAACAGCCCGCUCAUCCGCUUCAUCGUGGAGGUCUCCGAGAACAAUGCCCCCUGGACGGUGCUUCUGGCCAACGUGGACCCCGAGGCCACAUCCGUGGUGGUCAAGGACCUGGUGCCCGCCCGCUCCUACCAGUUCCGCCUCUGUGCCGUGAACGACGUGGGCAGGGGCCAGUUCAGCGAGGACACCGAGAGGGUCUCCCUCCCAGAAGAGCCCCCAACGGCGCCUCCUCAGAAUGUCAUCGCCAGCGGACGCACCAACCAGUCGAUCAUGAUCCAGUGGCAGCCUCCUCCCGAGAGCCACCAAAAUGGCAUCCUCAAGGGCUACGUCAUCAGGUUCUGUCUGGCCGGCCUGCCCGUCGGCUAUCAGUUCAAGAACAUCACCAAUGCCGACGUCAACAACCUGCUCCUGGAAGACCUCAUCAUCUGGACCAACUACGAGAUCGAGGUGGCGGCCUACAACAGUGCUGGCCUGGGCGUCUACAGCAGCAAAGUGACUGAGUGGACCCUUCAAGGAGUUCCCACAGUCCCCCCGGGGAACGUGCAUGCUGAGGCCACCAACUCCACCACGAUACGCUUCACCUGGGUCGCCCCCAGCCCCCAGUUCAUCAACGGCAUCAAUCAGGGCUACAAGCUGAUUGCCUGGGAGCCAGAGCAGGAAGAGGAGGUUACCAUGGUGACAGUGAGGCCCAACUUCCAGGAUAGCAUCCACGUGGGUUUCAUCUCAGGCCUGAAGAAGUUCACGGAGUACUUCACGUCGGUGCUGUGCUUCACCACUCCCGGGGACGGACCUCAAAGCUCCAGGCAUUUGGUCCGCACCCACGAAGAUGUGCCUGGCCCCGUGGGACACCUCAGCUUCAGUGAUAUCCUGGACACCUCCCUGAAGGUCAGCUGGCAAGAGCCCGUGGAGAAGAACGGGAUCCUCACAGGAUACCGCAUCUCCUGGGAGGAAUACAACCGCACCAACACGCGGGUGACGCACUACCUGCCCAACGUCACGCUGGACUAUCGGGUCACCGGCCUCACCGCCCUCACCACCUACACCAUCGAAGUGGCAUCUAUGACCUCCAAGGGGCAGGGACAGGUGUCCUCCUCCACCAUCUCCUCCGGGGUGCCCCCAGAGCUUCCAGGGGCUCCCACCAACCUGGGCAUCUCUAAUAUCGGGCCCCGCUCCGUGACCCUCCAGUUCCGGCCCGGAUACGAUGGGAAAACAUCCAUCUCCCAGUGGCAGGUAGAGGCCCAGGUGGGAGUGACCGGCGAGGGGGAAGAGUGGGCGCUGGUCCACCACGUCAGCAACCGACCCGACGCCCGCUCCCUGGAGGUGCCCGACCUCAACCCCUACACCCACUACAGCUUCCGCAUGCGGCAGGUGAACAUCGUGGGCAGCAGCCCGCCCAGCCUGCCCUCCCGCCGCAUCCAGACCCUCCAGGCGGCCCCAGAUGUGGCACCCACCAACGUCACCCUGCGUACAGCCAGCGAGACCAGCCUGUGGCUACGCUGGAUGCCCCUUCCAGAGGCCGAGUACAACGGCAGCCCGGAGACGGUGGGCUACAGGAUCAAGUGCACUCGAGCCGACGGGACGGGCAAGGCUGUGGCCCACAUGAUCCCUGACCGGGCAGAGCGGGAAUACACCCUCGAGGACCUGGAGGAGUGGACCGAAUAUCGCGUCCAGGUCCAGGCCUUCAACGCCAUCGGCCCCGGGCCCUGGAGUCAGGUGGUCGUCGGACGCACCAGGGAAUCAGUGCCCUCAUCCGGCCCCACCAACGUCUCCGUGCUGGCCACCACCUCGAGCAGCAUGCUGGUCCGCUGGAACGAGAUCCCCGAGGCCGAUCGCAAUGGACUCGUGCUGGGCUACAAGGUGCUGUUCAAGGAGAAGGACUCGGACGGCCAGACGCAGUUCUGGCCGGUGGAAGGGAACACGUCCCGAAGCGUCCAGCUCACGGGCCUGGCCAAGUACGUGCUGUACGAGAUUCGGGUGCUGGCCUUCACGCGUGUCGGGGACGGUGCACCCAGUACCCCACCCGUCCUGGAGCGGACCCUCGAUGACGUGCCUGGACCCCCGGUGGGUAUCCUCUUCCCGGAAGUGAGAACCACCUCGGUCCGCUUGAUCUGGCAGCCGCCGGCAGCCCCCAAUGGCAUCAUCCUGGCUUACCAGAUCACCCACCGGCUGAAUGCUUCCGCCCCCCACACCGCCGCCGUGGAGGUGCUGACCCCCAGCGCCCGACAGUUCACCGCCACUGGCCUCAAGCCCGAGUCCGUCUACCUCUUCCGCAUCACCGCCCAGACCCGCAAGGGCUGGGGGGAGGCGGCUGAGGUUCUGGUGGUCACCACGGAGAAGAGAGACCGUCCUCAGCCUCCCAGCAAGCCGGUGGUACAGCAGGAGGACGUAGAGGCACGGAGCGUGCUGCUGGGUUGGGAGGCGGGCAGCGACGGGCUCUCCCCGAUCCGUUACUACACCGUCCAGGCCCGGGAGCUGCCCGGAGGCCGCUGGACCCUGCACUCCGCUGCCGUCACUCACAACGCCUCUGCCUUCCUGGUGGACAGGCUCAAGCCCUUCACAUCCUACAAGUUUCGCGUGAAGGCGACCAACGACAUCGGAGACAGCGAGUACAGUGAGGAGUCGGAAUCACUGACCACAUUGCAAGCAGCCCCGGACGAAGCACCCACCAUCCUCUCCGUGACCCCUCACACCACCACCUCGGUACUGAUCCGCUGGCAGCCCCCUGCUGAGGACAAAGUCAACGGGAUCCUUCUGGGCUUCCGGAUCCGCUACCGGGAGCUGGUGUAUGACGACGGGCUGAGGGGCUUCACCUUGAGGCCCAUCGCUAAUCCCCAGGCCAGAUGGGCAGAGCUGACACCCACGUAUGCCGUGCAGAACCUGAGCCGUCCUAGCCUCACCCAGUACGAGCUGGACAACCUGAGCAAGCAUAAGCGCUAUGAGAUCCGGAUGAGCAUCUACAACGCCGUCGGGGAGGGUCCCCCCAGCCCACCUCAGGAGGUGUUUGUCGGGGAAGCAGUGCCAACCGCAGCCCCCUGCAAUGUGGCUGUCCAGGGCACUACGGCCACACAGCUGGACGUGACUUGGGAGCCUCCACCACCGGAGGCUCAGAAUGGAGAUAUCCAAGGCUACAAGAUCUAUUUUUGGGAGGCCCUGAGACGGAACGACACGGAGCGCGUGAAGACCCUCUUCCUGCCCGAGAACGGCGUCAAGCUCAAGAACCUGACCGGCUACACGGCCUAUCUGGUCAGCGUGCUGGCCUUCAACGCGGCCGGGGACGGCCCCCGCAGCAGCCCCGCCCGGGGACGGACCCAGCAAGCAGCCCCGAGCGCUCCCAGCUCCGUCAGGUUCAGUGAGUUGACCACCACGUCGGUGAAUGUGUCCUGGGAGGCGCCUCUGUUCCCCAACGGUGUCCUGGAAGGCUACAGGCUGGUGUACGAACCCUGCACCCCCGUUGACGGGGUCAGUAAGAUUGUGACGGUCGACGUCAAGGGUGGCAGCCCCCUGUGGUUAAAGGUGAAGGACCUUGCAGAGGGAAUAACCUAUCGCUUCCGAAUCCGGGCCAAAACCUUCACCUACGGGCCAGAGGUUGAAGCCAACAUCACCACCGGCCCCGGAGAAGGAGCCCCCGGUCCCCCCGGGACCCCCAUCAUUGUCAGAUACAGCUCGGCCAUCGCCAUCCACUGGUCCAGCGGAGACUCUGGGAAAGGACCGAUCACCCGCUACGUCAUCGAGGCCCGGUCGUCAGAUGAGGGGCUGUGGGACAUCCUGAUCAAAGACAUCCCCAAGGAGGUGACCUCCUACACCUUCAGUAUGGACAUCCUGAAGCAGGGAGUCAGCUACGACUUCCGGGUCAUCGCUGUGAACGACUACGGCUUUGGCACGCCCAGCGCUCCCUCCCAGUCUGUCCCAGCCCAGAAAGCCAAUCCCUUCUAUGAAGAGUGGUGGUUCCUCGUGGUUAUCGCUCUGGUAGGCCUCAUCUUCAUCCUGCUACUCGUCUUCAUCCUCAUCAUCAGAGGCCAGAGCAAAAAGUACGCCAAGAAGUCAGACUCGGGGAGCAACUCCAAGUCGAACGUCCUAAGCCACGGUGAGAUGGUGAGUCUGGACGAGAGUAGCUUCCCGGCCCUGGAGCUCAACAACCGGCGACUUUCGGUCAAGAGCUCCUUCUGCAGAAAAAACGGCAUCUACACCAGGUCCCCUCCCCGGCCCAGUCCUGGCAGCCUCCACUACUCCGAUGAGGACGUGACCAAGUACAAUGACCUGAUCCCGGCGGAGAGCGGCAGCCUCACAGAGAAGCCCUCCGAGAUCUCCGACUCCCAGGGCAGCGACAGCGAGUACGAGGUGGACCCCAAUCCUCAAGGGGCCCACUCCUUCGUCAAUCACUACAUCAGCGACCCCACCUAUUACAACUCCUGGCGCCGGCAACAGAAGGGGAUCUCGAGGGCCCAGGCCUACAGCUACACCGAGAGCGACUCCGGGGACCCCGACCACGGCCCCGGCGGCCCCGGCCCCCAGCAGGGCAGCCUAUUCCGGCCCAAAACCAGCCGGACUCCAACGCCCCAGAACCCCACUCACCCCCCGAGCCAGCAGACCACCCUUUACCGGCCCCCGAGCAGCCUGGGCCCCGGCUCACGGGCGCCCAUAGCCGGAUUCUCAUCGUUCGUCUGACGGCCAGAAGAGACCGGGACGUGGUAAAACACCUCCCUGCCCUCCCUCCCCUCCCCUGCUAAGCCGGGUCCACCAGCCCAUCUGCCGCAUUCGUUUUAGCCGAGACCCCCGGGGCAAAAACGCUCUGCCCGAAAGGAUCGGAGGAGAGAGGCGUGGGGAGAGAGAGAGAGCGUGAGUGCACACUUGUGGAAGACAAUCACCCUAGUUGUUCCCUGCUAAUAUUUGCUGCUGCAGUGUCAUCCCGGAUGGCCCCACCCCCUCCCACUGCAGCCCCCCCAGACCACCCGGCCAGGAACGUGAGGAGUGGGGAAGCCGUGGGGUGACCCAUAGCGAGGCUGAGGCAACAGUGGGGACAAAGAGGGAGGCCGUGACCUCUCCAAGCUGGGCACUGUAGGACCGUGAGCCUCACUGAACCCACAUGGCACCACCCCUCCGUUCACCCUGGCUGCUGGGCCACUGGGCUCAGCCCAGGGAUGCCAAAGCACACAGAGAGUUGGCCAGUCGAGAGCCACUCUGUAACUGGCCCGUGGUCCCUGUGGCAAGGGCAGCAGCGAGGGUAGUUGUGCCUUGAUUCUCUCCCUGCCAAGACAGGUGCAGGGAGUGGGAUGGUUGUAUCUGACCUAGAAGCUGGCCUCUAGCCCCUCCCUUGGCGGCGGGGGGUGGGCAGAGAAGCACAGGACUCAGGUUACCCCCCGACCCCGAUGAUGAUCAGAGCCCAGGUUUCCCCCAGCCCAGGGGGAGUUUUGCCCAAACUCAGCUUCUCCUGCUUCCUCUGCCCGUUUUGGGGCUCUGUCUGGCUGCUUCUCUCUUUCCUUUUUGGAGAGAACAAAAGUGGAAAGAGGAGGCUGAUUCCCUGGUUUGUUUUUUGCCACACUAGAGGGUGUUGGGGAAGGGGCAGGUGUGGGAUGAAGGAAGAGAGAGAAGUAGAGAGAACUGGGGGCUGCCUCUUGCCAUCACUUGACUUGUUUGCCUUUCGGAGAAGUGUCCGGAUGAAGCUGGGAUCCAGACUGUAGGAACAAACCAAGUGGGUGGGCAUGGGAAAUGGGACAAUU